AUGAUACAAGCCGCGAAGAUCCUCGAGCAAAGGAGCCACCUAGUCCCAGGCAAACUCCGUAUCACGGAGCACUUCUUCCAGGUGCCACGUGAUUACUCCAACCCGGCAUCCGGAACUAUUCAGUUGUUCUCAAGAUCAGCUCUGAAAGCGGAGAAGCCAGCAGACUAUCCAUCAGAGUCAUCAAAGGACCCCAAGAAGACUCAGCUCCCAUGGCUUGUGUACCUGCAAGGUGGUCCAGGCUUCGAAUGUCGCAGUCCACAGAGUGUCUCAUGGGUUCCAACUAUUCUCGAUAAGGGCUAUCGGGUCCUGCUCUUGGAUCAACGUGGUACUGGUCUAUCUACCGCUAUCUCGCAAUCCAGUCUGCAGCUGCGCGGCGACGAGAAGGUGCAAGCAGAAUACAUGAAGUCCUUCCGUGCCGACAGCAUCAUCAAAGAUUGCGAAGCUAUCAGGCAAGCGCUCACCGCGGAUUACCCCGAAGACAAGAAGAAGUGGUCGAUUAUGGGCCAGUCAUUUGGUGGCUUUUGCUGUUCUACAUAUCUAUCCUUCUACCCCGAAGGUGUCAAGGAAGCAUUCGUGUUUGGCGGUUUACCACCGCUCCGCAACAAUGCAGAUGAAGUGUACGAGAGGCUGUAUGAACGUGUGAAGCAGCGCAACGAAUCUUACUACGAGAAAUAUCCGGAAGAUGUAGGCCGCGUUCAUCGUAUCAUCAAACUGCUCUCGCGCUUUGGCGACAACACAGUCCGAGUCCAAGGCGGCGAGGGAGCGCUAUCAGCGCGACGAUUCAUGCAGCUUGGUAUUUACUUCGGCAAACACGGAGGCAUUGAUGAGGUACACCAGAUGGUCCUACGCGCCGAUACAGACUUGACUCAGUUCGGACACCUGACAAGACCGACUGUGCUUGCACUCGAGAUGGCACAGUCGUGGGACACGAAUGUCAUCUAUGCUUUGCUUCACGAACCGUUGUACUGCCAGGGCGAAGCCGCCAACUGGAGCGCCGAGCGUCUACUGGAGAAGUAUCCAGAGUUCUCACUCAAGAAUGUUGAGAGCGACAAGCCGGUGUACUUCACUGGUGAAAUGAUCUAUCCAUUCAUGUUUGACGACUAUCCGGAACUUAAGAAACUCAAGACUGUGGGACAAUUGCUUGCUGAAGAAAAGGACUGGCCGAACUUGUACGACGUGGAGCAGCUGAAGAAGAACGAGGUACCUAUGUACGCUGCUGCAUAUGUGGAUGAUAUGUACGUGGACUUUGACCUGAGCAUGGAGACGGCGAGGACGAUCAAGGGAUGUAAACCGUUCGUCACGAACAGCAUGUACCACAACGCUAUUGGUGCAAAGACGGAUGAAGUGCUGAAGGAGCUCUUUGCUCGGAGAGAUGAUGUUAUUGACUAG